GCGAAACACCUCCCGAUGAUCUUGGGCCGGGAUUGUAAGUGUCAUGAUCCGUGAAUAUCCUCUUCCCUUUCUCAAUAUUUCCUGCUAAUAUAGCUCUCAGUUGGACUCCACUAUGCGGAUUCCCUUUCCACUUCAAACAUGUCGAGUCCGCGGGUUCUUGAGGUGCAACGGAGCCAUUGGUUGGGCGCUUGCUGGAGGGAAUCUAUAAGAGCAACUUUUCCAUCCGCUGAUCUUUGGAAUGUGAGUUCUCCAGAUAUUAUGCCUGCUUCAACCGACAAGAGACCCGAUACUGAACAUAGAAUGAAGCGUGAGAUUCCUUUCGGGCUGUUCCUUGCCUUUGCAGCGUUUGGCCGGAACCCAGCUCUCGAGGAAUACAUAUCAUUUGUUUUCAACCUUCGACGAACCUCUGUGCAAGUCACAAAGAUAGUUGCUAUCAGGCCAUAUCUCCGAGCACUCUGUGAGGGCCGAGAGCUUUCCGAGCAUCUACGGAUUUAUCGGUCGGCAGAAUACGACCUUGCCGAAUGUGAUGGGAGGGGGGAGUUCCUCACGGUCUUCUUUGGGUCGUAAAACACUCUGUCAGCCAAUUAGUAAGUGGGUUGACUGAAGGAUU